AUGUCUGAAAAGCGUCACAUCCAUCAGGGCGCUUUGACCCGCCACUCUGGAUACUGGGAAAAUCUGGCAGUCUGGGUGACGCUGGCGAGCCCUCCCGGGGCCGGCGCACACAGCGACUUUGGAUAUCUCGUCCGUAUUAAGAGCUGGCCAGCUGUAUUAAUGGUCCGCAUAAAACGCAAGCCGUGGAUCUGUAACCCGAACAAUGGUCCCCCCCACGGGCCGGACACAGGCCCAGUUCCACGUUGCUCCGACUUUGCCUGGCUAUACGGCGGGGACUUUAUUGUUCACAGCCCCGGAGGCUGGGAGAACGACCAAAGAAGGGGGGUCGUGAGCUUCCUCGAGGAAGAAACCUUUCGCUCCUCCUUCUUUUCCACUUCUGGUGACCCUGGCUUCUUCCUUGCAAAGUUGUUGGUGCCACCCAGCUAUGGAUCAAUUUACACUUGUCAGCUGCGCGUUCUACUGAUGAACUGA